GUGCGCCAUCCACACAGCCGUCGGCGGAGGGUAGCCUAGCAACCAUGUGGGGUGGGGUGAGGCGGACGAGCAGAGGCCUUGCAUGGAAAAGAGAGUGACGGUCUGGGAACUCAGGAGCGGAAUGUUAGUGUCAGAGCUUGGGUAUGGGGAGACUGACAGGGUAAUCCUGAGCAUUCAGUAAUCCUAAUCCUCCUCAAGUGUAAGCCUCGUUGGUUGCUCUGAAGUUUACUUCCAGAAAAGCUAUUAAGAAAGAAAAGAAGGAAUAGUUCCACCAUGCCUUCUAAUCUGUAGUGUUAGAAGCCCUAGAAUGUCAGAAGAUAAGAAGAGACAUGCUGGAUCAGGUCAAAAGGCUCCAUCCCCCAACUUUGGACAAAGCAUCAGAGCCUGCCCACUAACUGGUCAUGUGAUGACUCUCUGCUACUCCCUGUCUCAGGCUGAAGUUGCUGCCAAAGAGAUGGGGCUGUGUCUGUAUGCCCUGGUGGUGGUCGUGCUGUUGGGGGACCUGCAACUCCAGGUCACUUCAGCAGCCCGUUCUUUCAGCAUUGAUUAUGAAAAUAACUGCUUCCUCAAGGAUGGUGUUCCAUUUCGCUAUAUCUCAGGUAGCAUUCAUUACUUCCGUGUUCCUGCUGCUUAUUGGAAAGAUCGACUUCUCAAGAUGUACAUGAGUGGCCUCAAUGCUGUGCAAAUCUAUGUACCCUGGAACUACCAUGAGUCAUUUCCUGGUAUCUACAACUUUUCUGGAAACCGAGACCUCGAGAGAUUCCUGGACCUGGUGGCCCAAUUAGGCCUCUUGGUGAUCUUACGACCUGGACCCUACAUUUGUGCUGAAUGGGAAAUGGGUGGCCUUCCAUCAUGGCUGUUGACACAUCCAAAUAUUACCCUGCGUACAUCUGAUCCAGAUUUCCUGGAAGCUGUGGACAAAUGGUUGGAUGUCCUGCUACCCAAGAUCAAGCCCCGUCUCUACCACAAUGGUGGAAACAUCAUCAGUGUUCAGAUAGAGAAUGAAUAUGGAAGCUACUAUGCCUGUGACUAUGACUAUAUGCGUCACCUAUUGGCUACCUUUCGUGCAUACCUUGGCAAGGAAAUUCUGCUCUUCACCACUGAUGGCAUCUCAGCAUCUGAUCUCCGAUGUGGGACACUGCAGGGCCUAUAUGCCACUGUUGACUUUGGACAAGAUGAGAACGUGACAAAGGCAUUUCAGCAGCAGCGACGGUUUGAGCCAAAAGGGCCACUGGUGAACUCUGAGUACUAUACAGGAUGGCUGGAUUAUUGGGGUGAGCCACAUUCCACAAAACAUGCCGAAGAUGUGGCUCAGGGCCUACAGAAGAUACUAGAAUUGGAGGCCAACGUCAACAUGUAUAUGUUCCAAGGUGGCACCAACUUUGGUUACUGGAGUGGUGCUGAUUACAAGGAUGGUUACAAUCCCAUCACUACUAGCUAUGACUAUGAUGCCCCUCUCUCUGAAGCUGGAGACCCUACUGACAAGCUGCAUGCCAUUCGGACAGUCAUUGGCAAGUUUCAGGUGGUGCCUGCAGGACCAAUGCCACCCCCCACCCCAAAGUAUGCAUAUGGCUAUGUAACCCUAUCACAGCGUGUGACUCUACUGGACAUUCUAGGCCUUAUCUCGCCUUCAUUGCCGAUUUAUUCUUCCUUCCCCCUCACUUUUGAGGCUCUGAAGCAGAGCCAUGGUUUCAUGCUCUACCGGACUAUUCUGCCACAUGACAUCCUGGAGCCCGAACUGCUCAGUAUUCUUGAGAAUGGGGUCCAUGAUCUUGCCUACAUUAUGGUCAAUGGAGAGUACAAGGGGACAUUAGAACGGGACAAAGUGAACGAGAUCAAAAUAUCUGGCCAACUUGGGGAUACACUGGACGUGUUGGUGGAGAACAUGGGUCAUAUCAACUUUGGGAACAAUGAGAGUGACUUUAAGGGUCUAAUCCACAAUCUCACACUUGGUUCCUCCAUACUCAGUGAUUGGCUUAUCUACCCCCUGGACAUUGACUCAGCUGUGGCCCAUGCAUGGCCUCCAGUUGUCUCACUGAGUAGUGGGACCACAGGACCUGCUUUCUACACAGGAGCCUUCACAACACCUGGCAUCAGCCAAGACUCCUAUGUGAAGCUUCCAGGCUGGAGCAAGGGCCAGCUCUGGAUCAAUGGCUUUAACUUGGGCCGGUUCUGGCCAGCUCGUGGACCCCAGCAAACGCUCUUUGUGCCUGGCCCACUCCUCAAUGCCUCAGCCCUCAACACUAUCGUGAUUCUGGAACUGCAGAGUGCUCCAGAGAAGCCCAACGUGCUCUUUGUUGAUCGGCCCAUUCUCAAUGGAACCAACAGCUUCAUGCAUAGAAGCACAGGGGAGUAGAAAUGUCUAUCCUGCUGUAAAGCUGCUCUAAGAGAAAGCAUCUCUAAGAGAAAUUCUUCCUUGAAGCCAACAUGUUUCAGAAUGUUAACUUCUACAUCGAAUGAACAGAGUACUCUUUAAGAUCAAUGUUCUCCUGUCUUGUGUCAAGAUUGUGGCUUAAAGCUGGGUGUGGGGGGAGAAGAGAUCAGGAUAACAACGUGCAUUUAGAUACUCAGACUGGCACGACUCAUAGCUGAUGUUCUAGCAGACUGCUCAGCAGGUCAGAAUCUUAACAGCUAGCAUAGGAUUGUAGGCAUUAGCCUCCAAAUCAAAUUACAUCAGCCUGGCAUGGCUCUGUGGUUCACUGUAUUUCUCCAUUGUGCAUGGGGGCUGAGGAGAGAAGUUUUAGGAAGGAGGAACAGAUUUAUACCUGCAUCUGUAAUCUACUCAGACAAUACUGUAAAAAUGAUGAGCAUUAGUGCUAUGAGUGCAAAAUAUAAACAAAGAGGCAUAAAGUGGUGGUAACACAAAUAAACAUAUAUCCAACAUCAA